AUGAUUCUACCUACCAUGUUGAGCUUUGGUUUGAUCAUUCUCGGCAAGCCGGGCAUAGGCAAGACUCCUGCGGCGAUCGUCAUGGUCAUGGCUGUGGCUAGAUUCUUGAUACAGUCCCGCAACAUGGAUGGCUUCUUUCCAGGAUGGCGUCGCUCUAAGCAGAUAGAUGGGUUUAGAGAGCGACCUGGUGAAGUCCACAUCCCUGUCAUCUUGGACGACCCGCUCCUACCCUCCAUCAAUGUCGAAGAUAUCAAAUCAUUUCUUGAUGUGGGCGAAAAUGGUUUGGUAGAUGCUCGAUAUCGUGCAGCCAAGUUUGUGCGGAAUCAGUGCCGGGUUCUCCUCAACAAUGAAUGGUGCCCCGACAAGGAGCCGGAGUACGUUGGCCUGUCCACUAUCACUUGGAAGCAGUUCUUGGCAAUGUUCCAGCCGGCUUUAAAUGAUGCCCCCAUGCCUCAUGUCAUGGCGACUUUGAAGCGGGCUUCUGUGAUCAUUGCCGGUGAUAAUGCGAUCUAUGUACGGUUGGCUUCAGAACACCAAAGCCAGAAGAUCCAUUGCAUCAACAGUGGUGGGAUUACGGAAGAUUGGUUGCAGGAGACCAACAAGGCGCAUUACAAUCACUACAAGAACGGACAACACACCAAGUACGUGGACUUUGAUCAGUAUGUGGAAGAAGAAACGAACUUAGUCUCCGAAUUGCUCGCCUCGCCGGAGGAGAAGGAAUACCUACGCAGGGGUGCCACUUACGAUCGCUGGAAUGAAGGAUUUCCGACGGCUUCGAAUCCCGCGACUCCGCGUCGUGCCUCCGCCGCAGCAGCCUCAAGUCAUGCCGAUCGCCACCAUGAAGAAGCCGUGUCCGCCAGCCCUCCCAUCACAGCCCCGCCGGCCAAGCAACCCAGGAUUGACUUGAACGAUUCCGAUGCUGAGCCAUUGUCGCCAGAUUACGAGGUCUUCGAAACGCAUUUGAAGAAAUGCUCAUGCGGAGGGAACCUGUCGCCGUCCCACGAGAUCGAAGCCACCCUCUAUGACAUGCUGGGCCAGGUCAAGAUCAAAGUCCGAACAUGGAGAUGCACCUCUUAUGGCUGUCGACUAACUUUUGGUCCAAACUUCGCAAUCCACGACUCCGACAAGGUGAACACGGCCCAGCCUGCAGAGGUGAAGAAGGCCCGCGCUUUGUUUGUCUCCAACAAAGUUGCCUUCAGUUCGGUUUUCUUGGAGUACCAUGCCAGAAUGGAGUUUCGGGCAUGCGUAUCAUCCCGGGCGGUACAGGACGUGUAUCGUCACACUUUUGGCCUUAAAACCAACAAGCUAUCCGGCCAAUGGAGAAAGACGUAUGCUACAGCCAUCGUCUACUACACGGCCUUGACUGAGUUGUACCCAAUCGGUAGACACUUGGACAUCGUCAUAGGGAAGGAGUUGUCACCCUUGACUCUCAAGAUCUACGAACAGCACGUGCUCCAUCAUGUACUGCCUCCUCACAGCAGGAAGGCCGUCACAGAGGUGGUGGCAGACGGCCACGCGAAAGUACAUAUGAAAUGUGCCAACAGCCACCGGCACGCCGGCAAUCCUGGCAAACGUGGCAAGGAUGUCACAAAGCCGUUUGGGCAUGGGUGGUUCAUGGUGGUCAACCCUGCCGAUCAGCGCAUCCUGUGGGCGAAACACAUGUCCCAGCCGGAGGGGAAUGCAAUUCUGGAAGCCGCGCUCAUGGACGUCAUUCCCAAGUUUCCCAACCUCGACGGGGUCAUCGUCGACCGAGCCUGUUCAUUCCUUCCCCAUGCUCGCCAUUUCAAGGUUAUGAACCAAGUGAAAUACUGGGCAGUAGACGCGUUUCAUGCUCAAGGUUCAAACGCACCAACAGCAGUGCAGCCGAACAGGAGCACAGACUACUUGGCCUCUUUUGUGAAGAGGGGAAAGAAGUCCAGCACACCGUACUCCUGUAGCAAGAAGCCGGCAAGCAAGGUCUUGAAAAGGCCCAGCUCCAAGCACUAG